CUUCUGUAAACAAGCACCUGUACCGCCUUGGCGUUCUGUGCCGUAUUUCUUUUGACCAAACUCUCCAAGGUUAUCAUCAAGAAGUAGGAAGAAAUUAAGUCAAAACUGAAGCUGUAAAGCCAUGUCCAUAGCUCGAGUUUAUACUGAUGUCAACGUCCAUCGACCUAGAGAUUACUGGGAUUACGAGUCUCUCGUCGUUCAAUGGGGUGAUCAAGAGGAUUAUGAGGUCGUGCGAAAGCUUGGGAGGGGAAAAUACAGUGAGGUAUUUGAAGGUAUAAAUGUCACUAACAACGAGAAAUGCGUUAUUAAGAUCCUCAAGCCGGUCAAGAAGAAGAAGAUAAGGAGGGAGAUAAAGAUACUGCAGAACCUUUGUGGAGGUCCCAAUAUUGUGAAGUUGCUUGAUGUUGUCAGAGAUCAGCACUCAAAAACACCUAGCUUGAUUUUUGAACAUGUUAACAGUACAGAGUUUAAAGUUUUAUACCCUACGUUGACAGAUUAUGACAUUCGUUACUAUAUAUAUGAGCUUCUCAAGGCACUAGAUUAUUGCCAUUCUCAAGGCAUAAUGCAUCGAGAUGUGAAACCUCACAAUGUAAUGAUUGACCAUGAGCUGCGAAAACUACGCUUGAUUGACUGGGGACUUGCGGAAUUCUACCAUCCUGGAAAAGAAUAUAAUGUCAGAGUAGCUUCAAGGUACUUUAAGGGGCCUGAACUUCUUGUUGAUUUACAAGACUAUGAUUAUUCUUUGGACAUGUGGAGCCUUGGCUGUAUGUUUGCUGGAAUGAUUUUUCGGAAGGAGCCAUUCUUUUAUGGACACGACAAUCAUGACCAGCUUGUCAAAAUUGCCAAGGUUCUUGGUACUGAUGAUUUAAAUGCAUAUCUGCACAAGUAUCACUUAGAGCUGGAUCGUCGACUUGAAGCUCUGGUUGGAAGACACAGCAGGAAGCCCUGGUCCAAAUUUAUGAAUGCAGAUAAUCAGCAUCUUGUUUCUCCAGAGGCCAUUGAUUUUCUUGAUAAGCUUCUCCGUUAUGAUCAUCAGGAAAGACUUACAGCUAGAGAGGCAAUGAUUCAUCCAUAUUUCCUUCAAGUCAGAAGUGCAGAAAAUAGCAGAAUGCGGACACAAUGACUAUCGUUUCUUCUUCUACAGACCCUUUUAAGAUGAGUAGACUUGUAUACCAUCUGCAAACUUGUUGUGAAUGUAGCAUCUUGUUAUUUAUUGCAUGAUACGUCCCAGUUUAUGCAGCAACUCACCUUUAUUUGUGUUAUUCUUAUAGCUCUACAAUAUUCCUCUGUAUUGAAAAUUGAACUUUAAACUUCACCUUUGAAAUUAGAAUAUUUUCGAGUUUGAUAUUGUCUGUUAACAUAUUGGAAAUUCAUAUCUUUAGCUAUCUUUGUGCA